AUGUAUGCUAAAUGUGGGAACAUAGAGGAUGCAUGCAGUAUCUUUGACAAAAUGCCUCAUCAUGGCGUGGUCUCGUGGAAUGUGAUGAUCAUGGGAUAUGCCACGCAUGGCUUUGACAUAGAGGCCCUUAAAAUUUUUGAUCAAAUGGAGCAAUCUGGCAUCGACCCAAAUCAUAUCACUUUUGUUGGUGUUUUGUCUGCAUGCUGCCAUGUAGAUCUAGUGGACAAAGGAUGGCAUUAUUUCAAAUGCAUGAGGGAUUAUUAUCAGAUCACACCUACAAUGCGAAUUUACGACUGCAUGGUUGAUCUUCUUGGUCGUGCUGGGAAUCUAGUUGAGGCUAAAAAAAUCAUCAAGGAAAUGCCAAUAAUUCUAGACGCUUCAAUAUGGAAGUCUUUCCUUGGUGCUUGUAGAAUACAUGCUGAUGUAGGUCUAGGGGAACUUGCAGCAGAACACCUUUUUCAGUUGGACUUUGAAAAUCUAGCAUCUUACAUGCUACUAUUAGAUGAUUCAUCUAGGGAAUACUAA